AUGUCACUGAACGAUAUUCAAGGUCGCUUAUCCCUAAUUACAGGCGCAUCGGGAGGCAUAGGUGCAGCUUGCGCGCACCAGCUCGCACAGCAUGGAGUUCAUCUCGCCCUGACCUACUCAACCAACUUAACAUCGAUGAAGGAAAUUGUUGCCGACAUUCAGUCUAAAAACGCCGAUCUAAACCUCCGUAUCUCCAUACACCAAGUUGAUGUCGGAUCUGCUGAUCAGAUCGAGGCCAUGUUCCAAGAAAUUGAUGCUAAACACGGCCACCGACCAGACAUACUUGUUUCAAAUGCUGGAUACGGCAAGCGCAUCCCCGAUGUGUCAGAUAUCUCCCUUGAAGAGUUUGAUUUUACUAUGAAUAUCAACUUAAGAGCUUCAUUCAUCUUGGUAAAGGGCGUUGUGGAGCACAUGAAAGCUCAGAAAUGGGGGCGCAUCAUCUUCAUGUCCUCGAUCGCUGCUCAGGGUGGUGGCAUCAAUGGUUGUCAUUAUGCAGCGUCAAAGGGUGGUCUUUCGGGUAUGAUGAAGAAUCUCUCCACCCGCCUCGCCGAGUAUAACAUUAGUGUCAACGAUGUGGCACCGGCUAUGAUUGGCGAUACCGGCAUGCUUUCCUCUGCGGCAGCAUUCCCUGAAGUGGCGGCCAGCGUUCCACUCAAGCGUCUGGGAACGCCUGAAGAGACGGCAAAUGUUGUGACUAUGUUAGCGAAAACUGGUUACAUGACUGGUCAAAGUCUCUUAUUGGCGGGAGGACUCAAAUAA